UCCUCUUGGCGUUGACCACUACGAAUCUAUCGAUGCGCGGCUGCAGGGCCCACAUCAAGCACCAUUACAUAGCGUCGAUCUGCCAGUAGUUGUGGUGACAAGAAUGGACGACUCGGCAUGAGGCACACAGCAAGUGCCUCGACAGUUUUAUACUUCUACAACAGCACACGGUCGCAUUCAUCUUACACACAUACAUACCGGGUAACCCCCAGAAAAUUGCAUCAGCGAAGCGUUUGGAGUCAUUUCCUCGAGAGUGUUUUUUUGUGCCUGAUCUGGAUGGCGGGGUACAAAGGUAGUCGAUCGCUACUGAGGAAAGGGGUAUUCCCCCGCUUUCUUUUUUCUUUCUUUCUUUCUUUUUUUUUUUCUUCUCUCACAUGAAGAACACGAUCAUGACUGGGAAAUAUCGGGAAAGUCGGGAAGCAAUCAGAUGGGCAUGAGUAUGCCUAGGUGAGAUAUGCUAUAAACAUGUAAUACAAA